UCCCCUACUCCAAGCCACCUCCCUCAAGCCAAUAAUUGCCACACACAGAGCCCGCGCGAACACAAGCAACGAGCCCAUGAGGCCGGCAGCAAGUGCGCCCAGGCCUACAUCGAUGUCGACAUCACCGUCGGCGUCGCCACCGGCAGCCGCGGGGACGCCGACUUCUCCAUGGCACUCGCCGGUGCCGUACCUGUUCGGCGGGCUGGCCGCCAUGCUGGGCCUCAUCACGCUGGCGCUCCUCAUCCUCGCCUGCUCCUACUGGAAGCUCAACAGCUACCUCGGCACCGGCGACGACUCCUCCGGAGCCGGCGCUGGGGACGCCGACGGCUCCAAGUCACCCGCUGCCGCGGCCGCGGCUUCUCCGGCGGCCUUCGCGGACCUCGUCGCCGUCGUCAUGGCCGGGGAGAAGACGCCGACGUUCUUGGCCGCGCCGAUUGUCCACCGAGCCGGCAAAGACACCGCAGCCGCUGCCGUGGAGGGAUCGCGGGAGACAGAGGAGGAAAAGAACCGCGGCAAGGCGUGGGAGGGGGAGAGCGGCGCGGUCGCCGACGCCGAGCGAGUCCGACAGCAGGAUCACGUGUGAACUGCGGAUAGAUCAGAAGAGAGAAAACUGUAGCGAUUCCGUGAGAAAUGUCCUUCUCGUUUUCUCCAAGUUUUGUUUGGUUUAUUUACUCUCUCAGCUCUGCUGGGACAUGUAAAUAAUUUGGUGAUAAUUCGGAUGAAGAAAAGUUAUUUCAAUCGCA